AUGGUAGAUUUCACUGUGCAGUUUCUGAUGGUAGUGAUUUCAGAUUUAAGAGUUCAUUUGACUAUGUUUGUAGACACAUGUCUAGCUGUAGGAAUUGCUCUAAGCUUAGCCACAAUCUGUGGCUACACAGUUGCCAACUGUUUCAGCAAUAACAUUCUUUGCAUAUACAUUGCUUUCAUGUGGUGUUUUCUUUUCCUGGAAGUUGUGGUGAUUGUCAAUAUAUACUUCAGGAUGGACUGGCUAGCGAAAAUCAAUAAGUACAUCGGUGAGAAUCAGUCAGAAUUCAAGAGUUUUAUUCUAUUCCACUUGAUGAUGAGUCGCAUUAUUCUCAUUUUAUCUUUAGUACCACAGGUAAGUGCAGUUGCUGUAGCGAACAUUCUGCGGGUUGUAGGUAUUGAGAGGAUGUCUAGAUACCAUUUGGAUGUGGCUAAUUUCCAUCAAUCUUUUCUUGUGGUACCCGAUUCAUGUGAACCCGAGAACUCAUAACAUAGGUUGGACUAUUAAAGUUUUCUUUAUUUAAAUUUAUUUUAUUUAUUAUUAUUUGUUAUGUAAAAAUUUAUUGUAUUUUAUUUUAAUUUUUUUCAGUUUAGAAUAAGAAUACUUCAGUGAACAAUC